AUGGCCGAGGCGGCGGCAGCCCCGACUUCUGAAUGGGACGCUGAGUGUCUGGCGCCCUUGCAGCCCCUUCCUCUCCCCACGCCCCCGGCAGCCAGUGAGGCCCACCUGCAGACAGCAGCCAUCUCCCUGUGGACCGUGGUGGCCGCCGUCCAGGCCGUAGAGAGAAAGGUGGACGUCCACAGCCGGCGACUUCUGCAUCUGGAAGGGCGCACAGGGACAGCAGAGAAGAAGUUAGCCAGCUGCGAGAAGACAGUGGCGGAGCUCGGGAACCAGCUGGAGGGCAGGUGGGCCGUGCUGGGGACGCUGCUGCAGGAGUACGGGCUGCUGCAGCGGCGCCUGGAGAACAUGGAGAACCUGCUGCGCAACCGGAACUUCCGGGUCCUGCGGCUGCCCCCGGGCGGCAAGGGCGAGGUGCCCAAGGCACCUGUGACAUUUGACGACGUCUCCAUCUGCUUCUCCCCUCCAGAGUGGGAGCGAUUGGAAGAGUGGCAAAAGGAGCUGCACAAGAACCUCGGGAAGGGCACCCACGAGUCCCUCGUCUCCACGGAUUACGCUGUGAACCAGCCUGAGGGCUUAUCUCAGAUCCCACCAGAAGGAGAACAUAACACAGGGGGCCAGACAGGGCCUGAGGAGCGGGAGAUUCCCACAGACCCCGGUGAAGAACCUGGUAUUUCGACAUCAGAUAUUCUGUCCUGGAUCAAACAAGAGGAAGAGCCUCAGGCUGCGGCCCCGCAGGAGUCCAAGGAGAGCAACCUGUACCCAAGUGCCUAUGUGGACGAGGAGCUGGUGGUCAAAGCAGAAGGCCUGGCCGGCACGCCCCUGUGCUCAGAGGCUCCCGUCACUUUCUCCUCUCCUCCAGCAAGCACAGCAAAGGACCCUUUCCCAGGUGUAGCUUUCAAAGGCCAGCAGUCUGCACCCAUGAUGUCCUUUGGACGUCCAGCCACUGACCUGGCUGAAGCCUCUGAGGGACCGAUGACUUUCCCUCCAUUAGGAAGCUACCCCCUGCCACCACCCAGUGGGGAGCAGGUAUCCUCAGGCCACCAUUGUGGGAAGAGCCUUGGCAGGGACGCACUGCUGAGCCACGAGUGCGGCCAUGCUGGGGAGUGCCCUCUGCCCAGUGCCCAGUGCCCCAAGCGCUUGGCACAGCCGGCUGCCCUCAGCAGUGUCUCCCAGGACCCUGCCCGCGAGCCCCCUCCCACCUGCCCACACUGCGCCCGGACUUUCACCCACCCGUCUCGGCUCACCUACCACCUCCGGGUACACAGUAGUGCCGAGCGCCCGUUCCCCUGCCCCGACUGCCCCAAGCGCUUUGCCGACCAGGCGCGGCUCACCAGUCACCGGCGGGCCCAUGCAAGCGAGCGGCCCUUCCGCUGUCCCCAGUGCGGCCGGAGCUUCAGCCUGAAGAUUAGCCUUCUCCUGCACCAGCGCAGCCACGCACAGGAGCGGCCCUUCUCCUGCCCCCAGUGCGGCACCGGCUUCAACGGCCACUCGGCGCUGAUCCGCCACCAGAUGAUACACACGGGCGAGCGCCCGUACCCCUGUGCCGACUGCAGCAAGAGCUUUGUGCGCAAGGAGCACCUGCUGAACCACCGGCGGCUGCACACAGGCGAGCGGCCCUUCCCCUGCGCACACUGUGGCAAGAGCUUCAUCCGCAAGCACCACCUCCUGAAGCACCAGCGCAUCCACACAGGCGAGCGGCCCUACCCCUGUGUGCACUGCGGCCGCAGUUUCCGCUACAAACAGACCCUCAAGGACCACCUGCGCUUGGGCCCUAAUGGGGGCUGUGCACAUGAGGGUGGCAUGGCCACACAGCCGCCCGAUCCCCCUGGGCCUCUCAUAACUGAGCUCGAGCCCUCCAGCCUCGGAGUCAACACUGCAGGCCUGGAGGCCAGCCCGUGGUAUGGGGAAGGGAGUGGAGGGGCCGGGUUGUGA